AAUCUAAUCACCCUAAGUUUGAAUGUCUACAAGUUAUAUUGUCAGUAAUCAUAAAUCGACAGCUGUAAAUAAUUGCGUCGCCGGGUCAUUUACUGGGCCAAAUGACUUAAAUUUAAUAUUGGCCAAAAGUUCUAUUCUGGAAAUCUAUUUGGUCACACCCGAAGGCCUAAAACUCCUCAAAGAGUUUCCUAUUAAUGGAAAAAUUGUCUCGUUACAAUUAUUUCGUUCGAUAACAAACGCUUCUGCCAAAAGAAGUCAUUCACAAAAUUCUUCUUCAGAUACUCAAAAAGAAUUUUUAUUUCUACUCACUCACAAGUACAACGUUUGUAUUCUGGAAUGUAACAGAGAUCAGAAUGACGUCAUCCAGAUUUCGACUAAGGCCUAUGGCAAUGUUCAAGAAAAAAUUGGACGCCCAUCUGAAACCGGCAUGAUAGCUUCUAUCGAUCCUGAAGGAAGGGUUAUAGGACUUAGGCUUUACGACGGGUUGUACAAAAUUAUAAAACUCGAUGAUCAAAAUUUCCUCCACCAGGAUGAUAAAAGCGCUUUUGAAUUCAACUCUAAGCAUGAGAUAAAAGCCUUCAACGUCAACAUAGAAGAGCGCAAAAUAAUUGAUAUCACAUUUCUGGAUGGCUUUGAAGUACCCAUGCUAGCCCUCAUAAAUCAGGACAGUGAAGGCCGGCACUUUAGAACUUACAAGCUGAGCGAUCGCGAUUUGAUUCACGGGCCUUGGAACGAAAACAAUAUCGAGGCCGAAGCGUCUAUUUUAAUCCCCGUUCCCGCGCUUUUAGGUGGGGGAGUGGUUAUAGUCGGCCAAGAAUCCAUCAUGUACUACAGGGACAAUAGUCCCUUCGCUAUAAGACCACCCGUUAUGAAACAAAAUUCUAUCACCUGUUAUUGUAGGAUCGAUCCCAAUGGCAGUCGCUAUCUCCUUGGCGACAUGGGUGGUCGGCUUUUUAUGCUUUUACUGGAGGCUACUUCAUCUGGUCCAGCUGGCCCUUUCAUUAUCAAGGAUAUGCGCUUAGAAGCCCUGGGUGAAACUUGUAUUCCUGAAUGCCUCACUUACCUAGAUAAUGGAGUAAUCUACGUAGGUUCUCGUCUGGGUGAUUCUCAGCUCAUCAGACUCCGAACUAAUCCUAUUCAAGUCAGUUCGAAUCAAAAUUCUGUCACCAUGGCAUCUUACAUUGAAGUUUUAGAGAGCUUUACUAAUCUGGGACCCAUAGUGGAUAUGAUAGUUGUUGAUGCUGAGCGUUCCGGUCACAAAGAUCAACUCGUUACUUGUUCGGGGGCAUUUAAGGAUGGCUCUCUGCGCGUGCUCCGCGAUGGGAUAGGCGUUACCCAAACGGCAUGCCUUGACCUGCCAUGUGGCAUUCGCGGUCUAUGGACUCUCAAGAAUGCAGUAACCGGUGCAGACUCUCAUCUCGUGCUGGCCUUCGCUUCAUCGGAUCUCUCUACCAGAGUUAUAUCAUUCGAAUCAUCGGGAGGUGCCGAAGAGAUUGAGCUUCCGGGCCUAGUAACACGCGAUGCGGUAACUUUAUGGUGUGGUAAUGUUAGCAACAACAACAUGCUACAGGUCACCACCCGCGCAGGUCGCUUGAUCGAUCGCAUCAAGGGUCGCGUUGCCGCCGAGUGGUUUGUUCCCGGAUUAGGAAUGGAGAUAGAUCAAAAUAACGAAGAUAACAUGCCUGAUACUUCGACUACGAGCGAUCAUGUUUCGAUUACGGUCGCGGCCUGUAAUGGAAUCCAGUUGUGCUUAGCUUCCGGUAGAGAUCUGUUUUAUUUGGAAAUCGGAAAAAAUGAUUUGAUCCUUAAAUCUAGGAAAACUUUCCCCCACGAAAUCGCUUGCUUGGACAUAAGCCCUUUACCACGUUCAACCGAAACCCAUGACGAAGUCGAUUCUUCAUCUCUGUCUCCCAAUGCUAGCAAAUUUUGCGCCGCCGGCUUUUGGACCGAGGUGGCCGUGGAAAUAUUAUACCUACCUUCCCUCGAUAUGGCUCACAGAGAAGUCUUGCCACGCACCGAUAUUAUUCCUAGAUCGCUUAUAAUGUGCCACUUCAGGGACGAGGAAGAAUCAACCGGAUCGGUUGCAAAGCAGCGCGAGGUUAACAAAGAAGGAUCUAUGAAUGACGAGAAUUCAAUGGGGGAGGAAAAUGGCAACCAUUGCUGUUAUUUGCUGGUAGCCCUCGGUGAUGGAACCUUGUACCAUUACUCUCUUAGCCCCUUGCGGGGUCGUAUGAGCCAAAGAAAAAAGUUUAUAGUCGGAACUCGCCCCCCUUCACUUAAACUCAUACCCUCCGCUAGCCCUCUGCCGGCCCAUAACGUACUAGUAUGCUCGGACCGGCCCGCCGUCGUUUAUAUGCGCAAUAAAAAAUUGGUUGUUUCAGACGUUAAUUUAGAAGAGAUUAGCUACGCGUGCCCUUUCGAUUCUCCUGCAUAUCCGGAUAGCUUAGUCUUGGUGCCUUCCGCCACGUCCGGUACCGUCGUCAUUGCUACUAUCGACGAAAUUCGCAAACUGCAUAUUCGAACCAUACCUCUAUAUGAAUCCCCACGACGCAUAGCUUAUCAAGAGAGUUCCCAUACGUUCGCAUUGCUUACGGCUCGGAUAGAUGUUUACAACGGUACGUCCUUUGUCCCUCACCAACCUCAAAGUGUUAGUUGCAAAGCACUAAAUCACUCGUCCAGUUCUAGCUUUUCUUCGUCAUCCACUACCGCUACCGGCGCUUUUAAUAGUCACAAACAAGGUGGUGGAGGUCAUAUUGCGGAGGUCGGAAGUUCUGGCGCAGCACCUGGAUCAUCGUCAACCCAAUCUAACCUUAACAAUUAUAAUACAAAUGGGUCUACCCCCAGCCCUUCCUUUGGUGACGAAUCUGAAGCAUAUUCCCUGGUAAUAUUAGACGCUCACACUUUCGAACCCUUUUGGGCUCAUCACUUCCAACCAAACGAAUUCGCCACUAGCAUCAUAUCAUUUCCUCUAGCGGGAUCUAACAAUACCCUAGAUUUAGAAACCCAAAAUGGCAAUCGUUCCUAUUCGAGAAAUGUUGACGGGGAAUCAGCUGCGAAGGAGCUAUACAUAGUUGGAACCGCUAUGGUUUACCCGGACGAACCCGAACCCAGGCAGGGAAAAAUUAUGGUUUUCGAAUUUUCCAAAACUACUGCCGCGGAUGAAAAUGCUCAGAACAAUUUGUUACAAAAUAACGAGGAUUCGACUGGUCAAAAUGCGGAUUCUUAUAGACGUCUGACCCUAAUUAGCGAAAAAGAAAUCUCUGGUGCUCCUUAUUCUAUGGCCUAUUUCUCCUCUUCCCCUUUAUCCGGUUCUGCGUCAUUCCCUUCUCAAUCUCCUUCCUUACCUUCCCCGCCUACCAAUAACAAACUUAUCGCGUGCGUCAACAGCACAGUCCGACUUUUCGAGUGGGUCCCCGCUGAUCGGGAAUUGCGACUGGAAUGCUCCCACUUUAACAAUGUACUAGCCCUCCACCUUAAGACUCAUUUCAAUACUCUGGUUUUGGUUGGAGACCUGAUGAGAUCCCUCACACUUUUAGAAUAUAGGGCGGCAGAGGGUAGAUUCGAAGAAUCGGCCCGCGAUUUCGAAGCUGCUUGGACUAGUGCGAUAGAAAUUAUUGACGCGGAAACCUUCUUAGCUGCUGAAAACUCUUAUAACCUUUACGUGUGCCGGGUCGGGGACGAAGGUGGUCGUCUCGGUGUUGUCAAUGGUGCUGAUCUUGGAAAUAAAAAGAAGGAUGGAACUGAAGGGGCUGGCGUCACGACCGAAGGUUCCUCAGGCAACAAACCUAAAUCAAGAAGAGAUAAACGUUCAAAUUUAAAUGCUAAUACCACCAGUUCAUCUAACUCAGCCAAUAUUGGUGGCACUGGUUCCGUUCACAGAGAUCCGCACAAUAUCAAUGCAAAGAACCCUAACAGUUGCCCAUCCACACUCUUAGACGAUGAAAGAAAACACUUAUACCCCGUCGGACUCUACCAUUUAGGCGAAUUUGUCAACGUAUUUAAGAGGGGUUGUUUGGUCUCUAGGAACACCGGAGAUUCGGCACUCGAAAUAGGUAAUCCAAUAUUAAUGGGCACAAUAUCGGGUAGCGUUCAUUUAAUGGUUCAAUUACCUCCUCGCAUUUUUACUUUACUUGACCGCCUUCAAAUCGCUAUGGGUAAACAUUUACCUACUCUGGGUAAAAUAAGUCAUCAAAAUUUCAGAGCCUUUCACACCGAGCAAAAGACCGAACCCUCGAGAGGAUUCAUAGAUGGAGAUCUUGUUGAAACAUUUUUGGAUUUAAAUGUCGAGGAUAGAACUGCGAUCAUGAAUCAGGUGGCUCCUGAUGUAAAAGACGAAGGAAACGGAGAUGCCGAGAUAGAAAAUAAAAAGGAUGAGAAUGCUUUGAUUACUUCUGAAGAAAUCAUCAAAAUUAUAGAAGAGCUAGUCCGAUUACAUUAAACCUGUUCGAGUGAUUAUUCAUGCUGCAACAUUGUUAUAUUCAAUAGAAUUUUGUAUAAAGAACUGAAAAAAAUUUAAUAUUUGUGGACUUAAUAAUUCUUUUUAUUUUC